AUGAAAUUACCUCAUAGUGGUGGAGCAUUUGCACCAGCACGUCCACAACCUCCAGCUUAUUUUACUGGUAGUAAUUUAUCAUUUGCUGGUUUUACAUUUAAUCGUUAUCAUCGUUAUUUAGAAAUGUUCUCACGUAAUUUAAACAAUCAUAAUACAACAGAUUUAAAAACUAAUAAUCAUCAACAAACUUUAUUAAAUGAAACAUUAGAAUGUCAAAAAUUCACUGAACAAACAUUAAAUGAAUUAAAACAAUCUUAUCAACAUUUAGAAUGUCAAUCUAUUAAAGAUCAAAUUACUUUAAAAGAUCUAAAUCGACGUUAUAUUGAAUCACAAAAUGAAAUAGAACAAUUAAAGAAUAUUAAAGUUGAUUUAGAUCAUCAAUUAAAUGAUGUUUAUACACAAUUAAGUAAUAUACAAUAUGAACGUGAAUCUAUACAAAAUGAAUUAAAAGAAUUAGAUCAACGUUAUCAAUCUAUUAACUUGAAUUUGGAUAAUGAACGUCGUGAUAAUUCUUUAUUAAAAACUGAAAAAGAACAAUUAGAAUAUCGUAUUCAUCAAUUAGAACGUGAAUUAAAACAAAAAUCUAUUGAAUUAGAUCAAAUUAAAUCAAAAUUAUUCAUCACAUCUCAAUCGAUCAAUGAUCCAUCUACUACUACUACUACUACUCCCACUACUACUUCUAGUAGUAUACACCAAGACAAGCAUGAUCAAGAUGGUAUUAUUACACAACAGAAUGAAAUGAUUUAUAAUUUAAAAAAUCAAAAUAUUAAUUUACUUAAAGAGAAUGAAGAAGUUCAAGAGAAAUGUACAACAUUAAUGAAUCUUGUUACAGAAUUACGUUAUAAUUUAGAAGGACAAAUUAAAGAAUUAACUGAACAAUUACAUAAUAUACAAGAAUUAAAUAAUAAUCAUUUAAAUAAAUAUAAAGAAACUUAUGAAUUAUUAGAACAAUCUAAAUUAUCUGAAGAGAAUAUACGUCGUGAUUUAAUAGUAACUAAAGAAAAUCUUGAAAUAACCAUGACAACAAAACGUUCUAUGGAAGAACAAUUAAUACAAAAAGAAGUAGAAUUAUCUAUGACACGAAUACGUUUACGUAAUUUAGAUACAAAUCUAAAUACAUUACGUAAUAGUUCAAAUACUGAAAUUUUACGAUUAAAAAAUUUAUUAGAUCGUAAUAUGAAUGAAAUAGAUAAUUUAUCAAAACAAUUAGAUGAAAUGCGUAAUCAUUGUAGUACUAUAGAAACAACAAAUAAUACACUUACUGAACGUAUACAACAAUUACAAAAAGAUAAAGAUAUACAACAACGUAAUUUAGAUACAUUAGUUGAAAAAUUUUAUAGUGAAAUGAAAUCUCGUACAUUACAACCAUCGGCAAAAUCUAAACUUAAUAAUCCUCAUCAUCAUAAUGAUGAUGAAUAUAAACAAUUAGAAAAAAAAUAUAAAAAUUUACAAUCAACAAGUCAUAAAGAUAUACAUAAUUUACAUAAUACAAUAGAUCAAUAUAAAAAAGAUUUAGCUGAACGUAAUCAACAUAUAACACAAUUAACUGAACAAUAUCAAUUAAUUUAUAAAGAAUUAAUACAACAAAAACAAUUAGAAAGAAAUUUACGUACACGUUUAAAUUAUUAUGUACAAAUACAAUCAAUACCAUCAAUGAUGAAACAAUCUAUGGAUGAUGAUAAUGAUCAUGAUCUGGAUCAUCAUGAUGAUGAUCCUAAUACUCCUACUACAAUAGAUCAAUCAAUACAAUCUCAGAAUCCAACAUUGAUAUUACCUAAUAAUAAUAUGACAAUGGAUCCAAUGUGUGGAAUGAAUACAAAUAUAUUAAGUAUAGUAUUAGAAGAUAUAGUUGAUAUUGAUAGUAAAGGUCGAGGUAAAAAUAAAUUAAUAUGGUUACCGAAAUAUGUUGUAUUAAAACGUUUCUCAUUAUUAUUUUAUACAUCAAAAUGUGAAUAUGAAUCAAAUCCUUCAUUAGCUGAAGAAAUUCCAUUAUAUAGGAUUAUGCAUGUACGUGAAGCAACUGAAUUAGAUUUAAUUCAUGCAAAAAAAGAAGAUUUAAAUAGAACUAUUCAAUUAUUUUAUCAAAAUCCAACAAAAAUUCAACAUCAUAUCUAUGAAGCUAAUAUUAUAAAUAAUGAUGAUAAUGAUAAUAUUGAUUUAUAUGAUUCAAGUAUUACAUCAUCAAUAGCACUACCACUACCACCACCAUCACAACAACAACAACAACCACAGCAACAACAACAACAACAACACCAUCAAUCUUUAUUGAAAUUAUCAAGUAAAUCCAAUCAAGAUAUUACUACUCUUAGUAGUAGUAGUAAUACUACUAAUAGUACUACUAAUAACAAUAAUAGUAAUACAAUACAAUGGAUGAAUCAUAAUUUUCAAUUAAUGCGUUUUCAUUUAGGUAAUGUAUUAUGUGAUAUAUGUCAUAAAAAUUGUUCCGAUUUAUUAAAUCCACCAAAAGCAUUAGAAUGUUUACAAUGUCGUAUGCGUAUACAUAUUGAUCAUAUUGAUAAACAUGAAAAAUUUGUCUCAUGUCAUAAUGCUACAAAUGUACGUUAUAUAAGAAUGUCUAAUUCAGCUAUAUGUAAAUUAUGGAUUGAACAAUUAAUGUAUUUACGUCAAUAUUUAAAAGAAUUACAACAAACUAAUGAACAAACAAAUAUAAUAGAUAAUCAUAAUACUACUAUUAAUCAUAAUCAUAAUAUUGUACAUAUGAAUUCAAUGAAAUCAUUAUAUCGUAGUAUACGUGCUGGUUCAUUAGGUCCUACUUCUUUAUCUAGUACUACUACAACAACAUCGAUGACGACAACGUCAAUGUCAACAUCAGGUACUUUAACAAUUACUAAUCAAAAAUCUGAUUUUCAAUCUUCAUUUCGUAAGAAAUUAAUUGGACCAAUAGUGAAUGUUACCAAUAAUAUUACAACAUCUAAUGUAAGUCAUUUAUUAUCACCAAAAUAUAAUAAAUCACCACGUUCAUUAUCACCAUCAAUGAAUAAUUAUCAAAAAUAAAUCAUUUUAUUCAAUAUCCUUAUUGUGUAUACUAUUUUCUUUAUAAUCAAUUAGUUGCUAAGUAUCAUCUGGUCUUCUGCAUUGUUACUAUGUCGUUUAUAUUUAAAAGGAAAUGAAAAGUUUUCUCUUUUUUUUUUACUUCUUACUUUUUUUUGCAUUACAUCAUACUAUUUCUGUACAUUUUUGUUAAAAAGAAAUUGUACAAUCAAUCAUGUCUUCUUCCUCUUUUUUUCCUCUCCACUCCCUCCCCCCCCCGAAUUGUUUUACAUUCAUACAUAUAUACAUAUAUAUGUAAACAUGCGUGUAGAUAAUAUAUGAAACCUUUAUUCUGUGAUCCCCUACUUUUUAUAGACCGUACAUUUAAAUAUAUAUAUUUAUGAGAAUGAGAUAGAAAUUAAUCUAUUCACUUGUUGAUUACCCAUCCCAGUUAUCAUUAUUGACAAUAUAUAUAUAUAUAUAUAUAUAUAUAUAUAUAUCCCUUGAAAUUAUCUCUGUUUCUCCCCCUCCCCUUUUGUGUGUGUGUGUGUGUCAUGUACGUGAAUGGGAAAACACAAAUAUAUAUACAUAUAUUUGAUUCAUAAUUUGACAGCGGAUUGAUAAUUGAUUUUUUUCACCUCCCCUCUCUUUCUCUCUUUAUGACACCUCAUUCCUUUCAUUUUUUUCAUUAUUUGUACGAAAAAGAAAAGAGAAAAAAAAACAAACAAUCACUAGUACAGUUUAUCGUUAUUAUUUCUUUUUUUUUAAAAAAUUCUUUUCUUUCUGCUUUUCUUCUCUCUUCUUUUUAUUCUUUACACAUUGAAUAUAAUGAUCAUUUGUAUUCUAUAACAUGUUUUAUAUGUAUUGUGAAUAAAUAGUUUACUGUUUGUUAUUAUUUCAUUCAUAAUUUCUUUCAUGUUAAUACAUUGUGUAUAUGAUUGAAUAAUGUAAAAGAAAAAAAAAUUAUUAAUCACUAUGCUGUUUUUGUGUGUGUGUUGAUUUUUGUGGCUACUAUUUGAUUGGUUGAGUUGGGGGGGGGGACCAAUGGAAGGAUAAACAUCCCCCUUAUACACACUAAUUGUACAUACAUAUAUAUCAAUAGAAACUAUAUAUUAUAAAAGUUUAUACGUUAUAUUGCUCUUUGGUAAAUAUUUUUGCAGAGUAACAAUUAAAUUUUUGUUUUGUUUUAAUUAUUAUUGAUUUCUUUGUUGUUAUUCUUGUUAUAUAACGGUUGGGAUUCUUUGUCUACACGAAUAGAAUGUUAAUAGAUGAAUAUCUACAUUAAA